CAUUCAUUCCAGCAAAAUGUCAUCCUUUUUUCAAAAUUUGUCGUGUCCUAACAAAAACUUAACGAAAAUGAGAAAAUGAAAAGUGAAUGUAGACCACGUUUGAAAUGCCAAUGCUGUCGUUGUAAUCCAAAUUUUUUAGCAAAAUUCAUGCCGAAUACUUGUUGCAUAAAGUUUUUUGUCGUUGUUAGCAGUCUGAUUGCAAUCGGAUACUUUUUAUCCCAUUACUUCGUCAACUGCGAACCCUUUGCAGAUGAUAUUAAACUUUUUUGAAAAAGAAAACAUGGAAUUUAUAUAUAACUCCGAUGAAGAAGAAGAAUGUGAUUGCAACCCAUAUUUUAUUUUCUGCGAAUCCAGUGGUGAUGACUUGUGCAAACCUUAUAAAGACCGGAUAUUUUAUAACGGAGCGAGACAAUUCAUUUCACCCAGUAUAACCAAAGCUCUGCGCUCUUGCACUGAAGCCCUCACCAUAUUAUCACAGCAUGUGAAUUCGGAGACAUCUAAGUGUUGUUGCGAAAGAAGUCUGAGUGAUAACACCGAUUCACUCCUCAGUUAUAACAUCGACAAUGAAACCUGUAAUUGUGGAAAAACCUACAAGGAUUCUUCUAGAAUAGUUGAAGUAGCAGAUGCUUCCUCAUCAUCGCCCAAUCUUGAUUCAUCAGACCAAGAUUUUUUGAGCAAGGAAGAAUCUGAAGGUUUCUCUGAAGAGCCCUCCCGAGACUUCAGUAAUGGAUCAGAAUUUUAUGUAGAGAAUACUGUUAAUUACGAAGAAGAGGAAGAAAUACAAAAUGUUGAAGGUGAAGCAGAAGAACCCGUUCAGAAUGGUAAUCCCAUCAAUACCACUUAUAAGAAGUCUCGACCAUCAGAAAUAGGUACGGGGAAUUUUUUCGAAGGAAACUGUCUGAAAAAAACUAGAUCAACUUCAGUAGAAAUGCAAAAAAUGUGUUUACCCAGCUUGCGACACGAAACAUACAGUGAAGAGCCUUGUCAAAAUGAAAUGGAUAUGGGCCUUGCUAAAAAUAUCAAUAUAAAUGUCAAAGUGAAGGUCCAUAAAAGAAAAAAGAAAUAUUCCGACUCGGCAAUUUCUCGCGAGAAAAAAAAGUGUAAGUGUAAACGAAAGACACACCGAGAAAUCCACAAAGAUUCCAAGAAAUAUUGCAAAUGUGAGAUCAGUAAACCUAUUGUGAUUUGUAACAAAAUGCCAGAGUCUGGAAUGGAUUUCUUACAUUUCUUCAAAUAUAAACAUUUUGAUGAAAAUAUCAAAGAUAACUCUAAAAGAAUUUGUUUGUGUGGAAAAAGUCGAAAAUUCAAGAUAAGUGAAUCACAUAGGAAAAACAUUUCUUCAAAUAAGAAUGAUAACAAGACUUCAAGAGAUGAAUCAAACAAACCGGAAUUCGAUAAGGAACAUUAUUUGAAAAAUCAUCAUUCUGCCGAAACAUUGCAAGAUGAUAUGAAUACCAGGGAAAAAAAUAAUGAGAAAAUGGAUAUUCAUUACUCAAACAAUUCUGGUACCAAAACAGAACCUUUUCCUGCCAAAUCUUUUUCAGUCAAGUUAUCUAAUGGCAAAAUGAAAACGAAAAGUAACAUUUAUACAAAAUCUAAUAUAGGCGAUACAAUCAACAGAGAACCAUCAACUAAUUUGAAGACACAUACAAAAUCUCAUUUGAAGUCUUAUUCGGUCAAAUCUUACAAAGAAAAGCCCUUUUCCAUGAGUGCAACUCAUGAAAAAUCAAAUAUAGGUGACGCAAUUAGUGGCGAAGCAUCAAAUGAUUUGAAGGCACCUACAAAAUCACAUUUAAGAUCUUAUUCUAUCAAACCAUAUAAAGACAAGCCCCAAUCCAUAAGUAAAAUUCGUGGAAAAUCAAUUAUAGGUGACACAAUCACUGGCGAAGCAUCAAGUGAUUUGAAAUCACCUACAAAAUCACAUUUAAGAUCGUAUUCUACCAAAUCAUAUAAAGAAAAGCCUCAAUCAUCAGGUACAAUUCGUGGAAAAUCAAUAAUAGGUGAAACAAUCGGUGGCGAAGCAUCAAGUGACUUAAAAACACCUACAAAAUCACAUUUAAGAUCUUAUUCUACCAAAUCAUAUAAGGACAAGCCCCAAUUCAUUAGUACAAUUCGUGAAAACUCAAUAGUGGAUGACACAAUCAGUGACGAAUCAUCAAGUAAUUUAAAGGCACCUACAAAAUCACGUUUGAAGUCUUAUUCUACCAAAUCAUAUAAAGACAAGCCCCAAUCCAUAGCUACAAUUCGUGCAAAAUCAAUAAUAGAUGAAACAGUCAGUGGUGAAGCACCAAGUAAUUUGAAGACACCUACAAAAUCCUUUCUGAAAUCUCAUUCUGUGAAAUCAUAUAAAGAAAAACCACAGUUCAUGAGUACCAUUCAUGCAAAAUCUAUCAUGAAUGAUAUAGAUGAAGACUCAGAAAGUGAAGAGUCGAAAGACGAUUACAACAUAAACCUCCAGAGCGAAAGAAAAUUUCGUGAUGGUGAACAAAUAUCCCGGAAAUUUACUAAAUCAUUCAAACAGUUUGAAGAACUCUCACCUCCUGGUAGCAAAAUGAAUCGUUCCGAAAAAAUACUGAAUAAAAAUAGUUCAAGGAUUGACAAACCAAGUGUCUUAUCGUCGCACCGAAGUGAACUGAGAGACAUAUCACGUAGCAAGUCCUCAAAACCCAGUAGUGAUUCUAGAAAUGCAGAGGUGGAACAAAAUAUUUCGAUUGCUGAGAAUAGUGAAAAUUCUGCUGAUAUGGUACCACUUUUCUUCACCGAAGUUCCAAAACACUAUCAGUCGUCCCCAUUCUCAUUAUUCUCUAAAGAAAAAAGGGUAAACUACCUAUACCAAGGACAUUCUCAUAUCGUUUCUUAUUUCAAAUGGUAUUAUAGAAAGGACAACCAAGUUUCUUAUCUAGAGGUGAAGCCAAAGUUUCUACAGAGAAUCCAAUCAAAUCAAGUACAAAGAAACAUCUUCCACAAAGUGAUUCAUGAAGGCACAGACGUAGACAACGAUGCUGAAAUUAAUGGAAAAUCUAAUGCAGUUCAAUGCCUCAAACCGAAUUUCAACUACCAACAAGUAUACGACUUGAGGGAAAUAUUUGAGAAAUUCGAAGUGUACAAACAGCAACAAUUCGUUUCGGAGUACGCAAAAAUGAAACAAAGUUUUAAUCUGAGAGUCAAUAAAAUAGAAAAGCUAGACAAAAGGAGAAGGAGAUUCAAAUUGGGAGAUGAAAAUAUUAGAAUUCUCGAAGUAUUUGUCGUUCAUUGUAUUUUACUGAUAUAUUUUGUGAUAUUCGUAUGGUUUACAUUUUUUGAAUAAAUUCUACACAUUUCAA